AUGUAUGUCUGUCAGAGCGCCGGUGUGCAAGAAUCACUUCUCCGCGCGUUGGUUAAGAGCUCUCAAGCAACGUCUCGCCGCCGCCGUGCCGUCUUGGCCACUUUUGGUUUACAUCCACAGCCAGGAAGCCACCACUCCCGACGACAAACGCUAUCCGCGCUGGUCCAAAGAAGCAGCAUUUCGCUAGUGGAUCUCGUUCGUUUAGUGCGCGGGGAGACGGAUGAUGACCCUCGACCAAACAAAGCACUCAUCCAGCAACGACAGCUUCUCCAAGAUUACGAGCACCUCGAUUUAAUGGUUCAAAUUGCUACGAGUGGGUUCAAGGCGGAGUGGUCCGAGCGACUCCCACGAACGCGUUCAUGUCCGUCGAACCACCGUUCGGCUGACUGCCACGGUGCGGGCGUGAGAGCCAAAAUUUUGGAAGGGGAGGCUGUUGGUACCUACCUGGUGGUCGAUGAGAAGCUUCUCGAGCGUUGGCACGUCACAAUCAGUCCGUUCGGCGCCGUGCCGAAAUCCGACGCACGGAGUAUGCAUGCGAUCCGGCUAAUCCAUGACCUUGCCUUCCCGUUGGACGACUGCGUCAACAGCCACACGAUACAAAGCUCAUUGCCAUAUGUUCCAUAUCAACCUUUCAGCGCGCUGGCCGAGCGUAUAGAACAUCUCGCGGCGGUGCACCCAGGUGUCCGCAUUCUUAUUCUUAAGGGUGACGUACAAGGUGCAUUCCGCCACCUACGUCAGCACGCGCCCGACGUACACCGAAUGGGUGGGCGUCUUGGUCAUUUACAGGCUGGCGUCAUAGAUCUGUCGGCGCCGUUCGGGUGGACCGGUUCACCGGCGCUCUAUAGCGUGUUUGGGCGAGCCAUUUCCACCAUCGUGGGUCGCGAGUCUCCGGCUUCAAUGUGGCCGGGUCACCCAGAUGCAACGCCAUUCUUUGCGUACGAGUGGGUGGACGACCACGUGAUGAUGGAGUCGGAUCUCGGUGAGAGGUGUGCCGUUGCUGAAGACACUCUGCGGUUGGCUAUGCUCGCCGUGCUCGGUCCAACCGCGAUCAACGAGUCCAAGUUCACGACAUGGAGCACGAAAGCUCGUGUCCUCAGUCUCGAUUGGGACAGUGGGGCUAGAACGCAGCAGCCGCCCGCAUCUGUAUGGUGGACCUACAGCGGCUUCUCGGUAGCCUCCGUCACGUCGCGACGUGCCUUCGGGCCGCUCGGCCGUUCUACCAGCGCUUGA